AUGACAGACACUGGAGGUCGGGUUCGGUACGACGGACAUUGGAAGGUCGGGUUCGGCAUGACGGACACUGGAAGGUCGGGUUCGGUACGACGGACACUGGAAGGUCGGGUUCGGUACGACGGACACUGGAAGGUAAAUCCCAAGAGCCCAGAUUUUGAGAGCAAACAUGGUUCAACAGCUCAGCUUCUGUGUGUGGACAUCAGUAACAUGAAAGCCCAGCUGGAGCAGUCAGCAAUACUUAGCAUCCUCGCUUUUGUGGAGCAACUGAACUAUAAGCUGUCUCAGCUUGCCCCAUCCGUUGAGACACCUGCAGAACCAAUGCAGACAGCAUCUACUCUGUCCAAGUCUCUUGAUAGUCAUGAGAAGAAAUCUUCUGGGGAAAUGGACAAGUCUAAAACGAAAGCAUUAGUUCCUCUUAAGAAACAUGCAUCAGACAUUAUUACACUGAAGAUCGUGGCCAAAUUAGGUCAAGUGAGUGUGAUCAUUGGUCUACAGACACGUGAAGUUGCUCAGGUGGAUGUGGCAGGUUUGGUAGUGAAUGUUGUCAUGAAAGGCAAGGAUGUUACUAUUACCUCUCAGCUCAAAGACUUCACUGUCAUUGACCCAAGUUCUGCAGCCCUCCAUCCAAAGGUCUUCGACUCUCCAGUUGUAAUACAGUUUGGAGAAUUACGACAAUAUGUAAUAGGAAAAGGACACAAGUGCAUCUAA